AUCCACCUUAGCUACUAACCAUUUUUAAAAUCCAAUAUAAUCCACCUCACAACAAUAUUGUUUCAUCACUCAGAUCCCUUAAAGAUGACAACAGCAGAAGAAACUUCAAACUUGGAUCUCAUACGCCAACACCUAUUAGGGGAAAAUAUCAUCUCAGACUCCUCCUUUUUCUCCAAUCUCCUUCAUCAUCCUAUGAAACUUGAAGCACCCUCAUCACCAGAAUUUGAUUUCACCUCAUAUAUCUCAGACAACACAAGCUUUUUCACUUUCCUUGAAGGCUAUGAUUUGAUGGCAGACAUGAAAUUUGUUGAUUCAGACAACACCAUCCCUUCAAAGGAGGUUAAGAAAUGCAAUAUUUCUCCUGAACCAUUGGUGUCAUCAAAAGAGAAGCCAAAGAAGUUAGAAUACGAUAAGGCAAAGCGUUAUAGGGGAGUUAGAAGAAGGCCUUGGGGAAAAUUUGCUGCUGAAAUCCGUGACCCUACAAGGAAAGGGACAAGGGUUUGGCUUGGAACCUUUGACAGUGAAAUUGAUGCAGCUAAGGCCUAUGAUUGUGCUGCUUUCAAGAUGAGGGGGCAGAAGGCUAUUCUGAACUUCCCUCUUGAGGCUGGACUGUCUGAUCCUAAGCCUAACAGUUGUGGCAGGAAAAGGAGAAGAGAGAGCCAUGAUCAUGAAUUGGAGCUGCCACAAGUCCAAGUUCAUCAUGGUGUUUCCUGAGAAAAAGUGAGAAGAUAUAAUAAUAGAUUUAGUUGUUUUGUGAGUAGCAUUAAGUUUGUUGCCUAGAAAAAUAAGGUUGCUUUGCCUUUUAGUUUGUACAUAGAAGCAAGGCUAAUGUGAAAUGUCUAUAUGAAUCUAUGCAAAAAGCAUGUUACGAAAGUUUUACUAACUUUGAGGAGUUUUAAAAAAAUAUUAAUCAAUUCUUGUUUAAAGAUGCACUGAAUAAAAUGAACCAACACAUUUUCUUUUUGUUGCUUA